CGUAACAGUUCUGUGUGCGUCGUGUUGUUGCAUCCCUUGUUGGGAUGGUCAUGAUGCUUGACGGUGUGAUAAUGUGAAACUGUCACGUUGUUAUGUACAGCAUUGUAUGUUUAAAAUGAGCUAAGCGUCAUGGCUGAAGGUUUGGAUGCAGUCAGGAAAUGUUUAAGAGAAUUCCCAAAGGAAGCUCGUGAGCUGUAUCUCAAUGAAUCUGUGCCAUAUUUGGAGCAGCCCCCCUCUCCCUUGGAGUUCUAUCGGGAAUGGAUUGGUCCUAACAGGCCAUGCAUCAUCCGCAAUGCUUUCAGUCACUGGCCUGCACUGGACAAGUGGAACCCAUCUUAUCUCAGGGAGGUGGUGGGCUCCAAGGAGAUCAGCGUGGCGGUCACACCUACCGGCUACGCGGAUGCGGUGCACGGGGAUCGAUUUGUCAUGCCUGAGGAGCGCCGCAUGACGUUCUCCUCCCUGCUGGAUGUCAUGGAGCGGAAGGAGGAAGGAGCGGGCGUGUUCUACGUGCAGAAGCAGUGCUCCAACCUGACAGACGAGCUGCCUGAGCUGACAGAAGACCUGGAGACCCACAUCCCCUGGAUGAGCGAAGCCCUGGGAAAGCUGCCUGAUGCUGUGAAUUUCUGGCUGGGAGAAGCAAGUGCUGUCACAUCAAUGCACAAGGACCACUAUGAGAACCUAUACUGUGUGGUCUCUGGAGAGAAGCGGUUCAUUCUCCUUCCACCGUCUGACCGGCCCUUCAUCCCAUAUGAGCUGUACCAGCCAGCCACGUUCCACCAGAAAAUGGAUGGAACGUUUGAGGUGAUUGAUGAGGAGGGCACAGACCAGGUUCCCUGGAUCCCGCUGGACCCCCUGAAACCAGACCUGGAGAGUUACCCUGACUACCAGCUGGCCCGGCCGCUGGCCUGCACGGUGAGGGCGGGGGAGAUGCUGUACCUCCCCUCCCUGUGGUUCCACCACGUGCAACAGUCUCACGGCUGUAUCGCAGUGAAUUUCUGGUACGACAUGGAGUUUGACAUCAAAUACAACUACUUCCAUCUGCUGGAAUCGCUUUCUAGAACUGUGGGGUCGCUGUGACAUCACAGGCAGCCUCAGGUCAAGGGUCAUUGGAUUGGACACUGCAACAGCAGCCCAGCAGAAGGAUGGGCCCACUUACCAGCAGUGUUCCUCUGCGCGAGUGAGCCAUCGUGUAACAGUUGUGUUUGGCAGAAUAUCCUCCUGAGACAUCGGUUUUUUUUUUUGGGGGGGGGGGUUCCUGACAUAAUGAGUCUUGCAUGGAAAAAGAAACAUGUUGUAUUGAAAAUAUUAAAAUAUUAAUUUUUAUUGAAUGUCCCUUGGAGUGCAGAAGAAUAUAUGGCUCAGCGUAGUUCAGUAGGAUAUAUGGCUCUUGGGCCUGUAUAUUGCCUGUAACCUGGUGACUGGGGACAAAAAUGAAUGGUCUUGGGUGGAUAUCAGCCAAGAUCUUCCCGGGAAAAGUGUGUAAAAUGCAUGGCCUGUUUCGGCUUUGGCUCACAAUAUAUCCCCAAAGACCUGCUGUCCUCAACACCAAGCACAAUAAAUGGAUGGACAUAAGAGUUUAAUAAAAUGUUUUUAUUUG